AUGCUACAGAUGAAUGUCCUCUGCAACUUCAAGUUGGGGGCAAAAUGGCUAGCAAAGCGUGUCCCCAACUCUUCCCAUGAACCAGGAACCCGAUCCGAACAAAAAGAAAAAACUGCGCUAUUAGAGGCGGCGCACAUCUACACUUUCUCUCUUCGCAAGAAUAGCAAAUCCGGACAGGACGGGUACAAUUCCUUUUGGGGUAUGCUGCGAUAUUUCUGGUCGAGUGAAAGGGUUAGACGGUGGGAGGAAGCAAUCUUGGGACCCCAGAACACGGAGACGUGUGAAAAUUUGAUCUACUUGAGUCCGAGUCUGCACACGUACUGGAGUCUAGCCCACUUCGCCCUGCAACCUAUCUAUCUGUCCGAUGAUCGGAAGGUUCUCCAACGCAUUGCCGCUAUGAGUGGGCCCGGCGAGAUUGAGGACAAGGAUACUACGGACGAUGAUGACGAAGCCAGUCCCAAAGUAUUCUCAUCUAACAAUGUGAAUGCUUCGGAUAUGGCAGAUCUCUUAAGGGACAGUGCUUCCUUCAAUUACCCUCGCCUUGAAGACAUGACCCCCUCAACUCCCACGAAGAUCUUACGGGCAAGGCCGCAACGGCAGUCAGUUCAACCUCUAGACCUUGAUUCGCCUUUACAUCUCAUGAAGUCAUCGCCCCAUAAAGGAAAGCAGAAACUUCACUCCGGGAGCCCGUCGAGAGCCCUAGAUUUCCACUACGGCAACCGCAUUAGAAGCGAGAACAGACGGUAA